UCCCCAAGUCCAGUUACUUUUUUCCUCUCUUAUAUUUUGACAUUCGUGUUAAGCACUUCCGUUUUCGGUUUCAGACGACAAAAACGGCAAACAGUAGUGGUUUUCCGUUUUCGGUUUCAAACAGAAAACGAAGAAACCACAAUAUUUCCGUAUUUUCGAAUGAAAACAUAAAACAAACGUACAAAACGUACACGGACCUCCCCGCCUAGAAUUCCCGUCAUACUGGUUUUCAGCCUUCCCAGGGAAGAGGUGACCCUGUUUCCCAGCCAUGCCUUCGCAGUGGAGAGUCAUGCUGCUGUGGAUGUGUGUGUGCCUCGCGCUUCCAGCUCAGGCCCGGAGAGCUCUGGUCGUUUAUGGCAGAAAUGCACUGAUGCAGGAAACCAAAGAAGCUUUGGGCCCCAGGUCAAUAACGAAAAGAAGCACACGCUCUGUAAAUAUGGUGGAGGUGUACAGCGUGAAAGUGGACCUCACGGUGAUGUCUCGAUUCGCCCACACUGUCAUGACCUCCAGGGCUCUGAACAAGGCAAACUCCUCUCAGGAAAUCUUCUUCGACGUGGAGCUGCCCAAGACGGCCUUGAUCGUCAACUUCAGCAUGGAAAUUGAUGGUGAGGUUUAUGUCGGGGAGGUGAAGGAGAAAGAGAAAGCCAAGAAACAGUAUGAGAAGGCUGUUUCCUCUGGACAGACUGCUGGACUGGUCAAAGUUUCUGGAAGGAAGAUGGAGACGUUUUCAGUGUCUGUCAACAUCGCAGCCAAAAGCAACGUGACUUUCAUUCUGACCUACGAGGAGCUCCUUCAGAGGAAACUGGGCCAGUAUGAGAUCCUGACUCGAGUUAAACCCAAACAACCAGUGCAGGAGUUUCAGAUUGUGGCAAACAUCCUUGAGCCUCAGGGCAUUGCUUUUGUUGAGGCCACUGCAAUCUUCCUCUCCAAUGAGCUGCUCCCCCUGGUGGAGAAAACCAUCUCAGACAACAAGGCACACAUCUCUUUCUCACCAACGCUGGAGCAGCAGAGGAAAUGUCCAGGAUGUGAAGGAACGAUAAUUGAUGGAGAUUUCAUCAUCAAGUACGAUGUGAAACAAAAAGAGGGACUCGGGGAACUUCAGAUUGUGAACGGAUACUUUGUGCACUUCUUCGCUCCUCCUGACCUGCCCAGAGUCCCAAAGAAUGUGGUGUUUGUGAUUGACAGGAGCGGAUCAAUGAGUGGAAGUAAGAUUGCACAGACCCGCGAUGCGCUGGUGGCCAUUCUGAAUGACCUCCACGAAGAGGACCACUUUGCUCUGAUCCUAUUUGAUGAUAAAAUCACCACCUGGAAGGAGUCUCUGACCAAAGCAACACACAGAUAUGUGACUGAAGCCAUUGCCUACAUCAGGAAACUAAAAGACAAAGGAAGCACCAAUAUCAAUGACGCUGUUCUGAAGGCAGUGAGCAUGCUGCAGAGAGAAAGACGAGAUAAGAACCUUCCAGAGAGGAGUGCGGACAUGAUUAUUUUAUUGACCGAUGGGAUGCCAAACAGCGGGGAGUCCAACCUGAAGACCAUUCAGGAGAAUGUGCGCUCUGCUAUUGGGGGGAAGAUGACUCUGUUCUCUCUUGGAUUCGGAAAUGAUGUGGAUUACUCCUUCCUGGAUGUGAUGUCCAGACAAAACAAAGGAGCAGCCCGCCGGAUCUUUGAGGGUUCAGAUGCAGCCGUUCAACUCAAGGGUUUCUAUGAGGAGGUGGCCAGCCCUCUUCUCUUGGAGGUAGACCUGCGUUAUCCUGAACAAGCGGUGGUUUUCGUGACCAAAAACCACUACAGCCAGUUGUUUAACGGCUCGGAGAUCGUGGUGGCCGGUCGGCUGACGGACAGUGACAUGGAUAACUUCGUGGUGGAGGUGUUUGCCCAGGGGCCUGAGGAGGACUUCCAGGUGCAGGGAAAGGCCAGUGUGGUAAACUUGGAUGUGAUCUACCCAGACCAGGAGUACAUCUUUGGAGAUUUUUCAGAGCGUCUUUGGGCCUACCUCACUAUCCAACAGCUACUGGAGAAUAGUGACAUUGGUACUCAGCAAGAGAAAGACAAUGCGACAGCCAAGGCCCUGGACUUGUCCCUGAGAUACAACUUUGUCACCCCUCUCACCUCCAUGGUGGUCACCAAGCCUGAAACUGAGGACGGACCAGUCAGCCCUCUCAUCGCUGAUAAACUGACUGAGGACCAGCGACAGAAAGCAGAGAGAAAAAGUGGUUUCUCUGCCCAUGGUGGCAGCUCCGGGGGUAGCAGCUCCUGGCGUGGCAGCUCCGGGGGUGGCAGAUCCUGGGGUGGCAGAUUCCACGAUGCUCCGGGUGGCAUCUCCGGGGCGUACAUCCUUUCGGGCGCGACAAGUGACGCUCCGUGCUUCAACAUCAAUGACAAACCGGGAACCAUUUGCAACCUGGCUAGAGACCCAAUGACAAUGUUACUGAUUGUUACACUGAUAAUGUCGGCGGUCUGUGAACGUUAGAACGCUGGCCGAUGGAUUUACCAAUGGCAUGAAUAAUGAGGCAUGAAAAGCUUUCCAAUAUAAAUAUAUAUGUCAAAGUAUUUUGCAUAUCCAAAUGAACUUCUCUACGCCACUUUGCAAUCAAAUCAAUAUAUUAUUUGCCUCCUGUCAGUGCAUGCACUGCAUGUAUCUUGCUCAGCCCAGCAUGUUUUGUUUGUUUGCAUUUGGGGUUCACUUCGAGGUAACAUGGGUGUGUGCGUACAUGACCUCGGCCACAACUGUACCAAUUGUGUAAACACGCAACAAUAUCCCGACUGCGGUCCUGGCUUCUAAAUGAUGGUGUAGAAAGUUUAUACAUUUUCCGCCGCAAACUAAAAACACAUCUUUUCCGACUA